GACCUGAAUCUUCCUGACUCAGAGCUGAAAGUAAGAAGCUGAUAUUUAUCUAUCAGAAACCUGCAGUCAUGAGGAUCCUGACUCUGCCUUUGGUUCUCUGUGGUUUGAUGCUUCUGAGCAGCAUUAACGAGAUCAAUGGAUUGAAAACUGGAUGCCGUAAUGGCUGGAAUCUAAUAAAUGGACGCUGUUUCAAAUAUGUUCCAAGCCGUAUGACUUGGGCUAAAGCUGAGAGAAAUUGCAUUUCCAUGGGAGGAAACCUUGCAUCUGUGCACAGUUCUGAAGACUACUAUGACAUCCAGUCGCUCAUUAGGCGUGUCACACAUGAGUUGAAGGAAACAUGGAUCGGCGGCUCUGAUGCUGCUGAGGAAGGUAAUUGGUCUUGGACCGAUGGGACCCUGAUGACAUUUACAAACUGGUGUCCUGGAGAACCCAACAAUGCUGGUAGGCGCCAGCACUGCAUGCAAAUGAAUCACUCAGGAGAAAAGUGCUGGGACGAUUACGGAUGUUCGUUCCAUAAACCGUCUGUCUGCGUUUCUAAAAACGUGAUUUUGUUACUAAUCUCCAUCUUUUCCAAAAUGAAGACUGUGACUGUGCUGUUAUUCUUUGGUGCCUUCUUGGCUCUGAAUGAAGCUGCUGCUUUUCCAGAUACUGUAGAGCAACCUGAUCCCGUUCCAGACGUUGUUCCAGAAGCAGAAGAUGGAAACUGGGCAGAAGCAGAAGUCCCUGAACCUCAGGAGGAGGAAACUGCUCCAGAUGCUGACCUGAUGAUGAAUAGAAUAUCUUGUCCUGAUGGUUGGUCUGGACUCGGGAAUCGAUGCUUCCGGUAUUUUGGAACAUUCAGAACUUGGGCUAGAGCUGAGAGAGACUGCUUGUCCUUGGGAGCACAGCUGGCAUCAGUCCACAGUUUUUUAGAACACCAUCAGAUUCAGAACCUGAUAUCAGAAUCAGGUGGCGGCAAUCAAGAAACGUGGAUUGGAGCAUCUGACGCAGAAGAGAAUUCCAUUUGGUUCUGGAGUGAUGGAAGGAUUUUUCAAUUUACCAACUGGUGUAGUGGGCAGCCUAAUAACGCCGGGGGGAAACAGAGUUGUGUGGUUAUGAAUCAUUCAGGUACAUGA